GGGAAAAUGUCGUUGCGGGUGUUCGGCGUCGGCAUUGGUGUUUCGUUGUUGGCUGUGACCUGGAUAAUCUCUCUACUCGCUUGCGUCUACCUUACAAAGCUCAAAGGAUCCCUGCAUGGAGCAGCUGUGGUAUUCAUCGUGGGACUUCUCAGUGUGGUGCUGCUGGUGAUGCCACGGGAAAGCCUCACCUCUGUACACCUGGUCCACCAGAAGCCCGACCCAAUAUUCCUAGGGCGCUUAGCCCUGCUAGUACUGGUGGGGAUAGCGGCCAUGAUUGUGGGGCCUGCUAUCUUGAUCAAGACUCACUGCGCACAAAAGAUACAUGCGAGACCAUUGCAUUCUCCAACAUCGAAGGCUAUCUUCAGGGGAUACGUACAACUAGGUUCACCUACACAUAGAGGAUCAGAGGUGUCAGAAGGCUAGUCUGUCACAAAAAUGUUUGUGUCACAGAGGCAGACAGGGUCUGACAAAAACAAACAGGAAUUAACGUUGCAUUUGUAUUUCUGCUGAUGUGAACUUGCGUUAACUCAAGAUACACAUGAUGCACUGCUGAUCGGAAUCUUGGCACGACAAAUACUACAGUCAGUGACCAAUAUUUCGGACUCCCAAAGUUCGGAUUUUCCAAUUUUUCAGACAACACUCUUGGCACUGUCAAGUGCCCCAUAGAGCCAAUGUAUUUCCGUUUCCAAUAUUUCAGAUCGUGUUUUGGAUGGACUGCCUGUUUUUUCGUACCCAUUUCGCUCCGAGCAUGCCUCACGACAUUUUGUCUUCCAACAGCAAAAACAGACGUUGCGCCCCUGUCAACCGCGGCGAUCCUUACGGCCGUUACCGCCGUCACUACGCUCCUGGAAGUGUAUCAUGACAAGGCUACGCUAGCAGAAAUUGGCCGCAAAGCAUUAUCUCGUGUCCGUGCAGCAAAGCAAGCUCGUGUAGAAUUAAACGCUUGUUUAAAAACUCAAACUGCCCGAUAAUUCAAAUUGAUUUUGUGUCCCCUUCAAGUUCGAAAAAAACGGUCGGCGACUGUAGUAGGUCUGCAUGAUGGUAUGCUUUGUGGGGACAUGGGGAUCAACACAAACUUUUUUGUUUCUUAAUAGAUUAUGACGAAAAUUUGCACCAUCGUUGAUAAUGCCCUUAAAAUGAAUUUACGAGAAAAAAUAUGAUACUUCCAAAUUUUUUUUACGAAUUUUUACAAAUUACAAAAUCGUUGCAUUUUGUGAACCUGCAGAGUUUGAAAAAUGUGAUAGAAGACAGCUUGAACUUGGUGUGCAUCCCCAAAUCUAUGGUUGAGGUCGUGACAUUCUUAGUUUUUUCAAUUUCCACAAUGACAAUUUUUGGUUUUCAUUUUUCAGCAUGCGGUCGCAACUGACGCAUCUAGCAUAGAAACGUCGAUAGCAUAAAUUAUAAACUGAUUUACCUGAAAAAAAUAAGAAUGUCACGACCUCUAGGAAUGUUCAGUGACUGUAAGAAAACAGACCGCACCAAUAUAGACCGAGUCGUUACGGAGAUAUCAGUUUCACAAGCGGAGCAGUUAGAGCGAAAAGCUGUUUUGAGAAAAUGAAGUGCAAAGUUUCACGCUCUUUUUAGUGCAAAUUAGAAGGCUCCAACAGUGUCGUCUUUUGCGUCCUUUUGUGCACAGGUUCUCUUGCCAUCCUGGCGCUUUGUUUGAUGCACUUUGACUGCUUUUGCCUUUGAUCAAAAGUCUGACAAGGUAGUAAACUCGUGUCCAAUGGCUUUUGUUAGCUUGUUAGCUCUUAUAUAAGAAUCGUCCACGUUCGAAAACACAACAAGAAAUAAGAACUAAAAGUUGCCGAAGUUGCGAUCACAAUCUCCUCGUGAGAAAGAGCAGACGCUCUGGCGGCCAGCGGAGCCGGUUGCCAAGGGCAACCGAGGAGCGGCCAAUCUUAACGCGCGCACAAAUCACGUAGCACG